AUCUAGCAGCUCCCUGUGACCCCUAGUGACUUGACCAACUUCAAGGAUUCUAUAUAUUCUACGGAUGGGUCAGCGUGACGAUUCAAAAGCUCAUCCAAUUUGACUAGAACACCAUCAAUCGGGUCACUUGACUAUUUUCUUAUGUUGGUGGCUGCAUAAUUAACAGAUAAGCUGACUGUAUUUGACUAAAUUCAGUAGUACAGAAAAGCAAAAAAAGCCAAAAAAUUCUACAACGCAUUUAUCACAAAGGACGAAAGAAAGGAUAAGGAAAAAAGUAGGGGUGGCUAUACGGUCCGGUCCGGUUAAAUUGGACCAAAUUGAUCCGGUCCUAGUUCGGUUUUUUCGGGAAUAUAAGGACCAAAGUUUGGAUUGGAUACAGUCCGGUCUUGACCCGGUCCGGUCCCAAUUUUAUCUUGAUUUUAGGUGUUGGGGGUCUCUUAUCCGGUCUUUAUCCGAUUUUUUUUACCUCAAAUCUAAGCUCGAAUAUGAGAUUGCAUUGUUUGCUAUCCGGUCCCAAUCCGGAUUAUAAGGUCCGAUUUCGAGUAAACCAAACAGUCCGAAACCAAAUAGCCAGCCCUAGGAAAAGGCCCAAUAUGACUGACAAUAUUACCACGUGAGAUAGCACGACAAAUAAUAAUAUGUAGUGAAAAAAGUAAUCAUUAAUAUGUAAGGCCUCCCAACGUUGAAUCGUAAACCCAUAAUAUACUAUUCAAACCUAGCUAGCUAGGUCUAUAUAUACCACCCGGCGCCAUGGCUGCCCUAUUUCAUCACCACGACUACUAUCUAGUACUAAUCCUAACUUCUCUUCACUAGCUACAGAGAAGAUUAAGAAUGGAUACUAUCAAGGUGGUGGGAAGCAUAAGAAUGACGUUGGCUUACCUGAAAUGGGGAUGGGAUUUGCUGCUCCACCUCUCCUUCUUCCACCACCGCCACCACAACUACAGCUACAACGACGAAUUCAACUACCAGCAGCCGGCCCACGGCCAAGUCCAAGAGUACUACGAGUCUAACGACGUCGUAUCGGCAACCGCCGAAGAUCUACGGCAGUCCUCGGAAUGUGCGGUGUGCUUGUCCAAGGUGGAACAAGGCGAUGAGAUCCGGAAGCUGACUUGUUGUCACGUGUUUCAUAAAGUUUGUCUGGACAGAUGGUCGAUGCAAUCCUUCACGAGGAGGUCCCCCACGUGUCCAUUAUGCCGUCGUGCCUUGAGCAGCACUCCGACCACCAGCCGGGGGAGCUCCGGCCGUGGGCCGGAAGUGCUGCUGCUCUUUGAUUUCGCAAGUUUUGUUUCCUCCGAUCAUGACACCGGCCGCGACAUGUGGUGGCUCCGCUAGUUGGCCAUAUAUGUUGAAGCAUAAACUUGUGAAUGUAUAUAUACCACAAUAUGCAUGUAAUUAAGAAAUAAAUGUAGUUGGAGACUCUUUCCCCAAGCAAUGGGUGAAGAAAUAGAAUAAAUAGAUAUUGGAUCACAAUUCCAAUCAUCAGUUGUUGUGCUCUUUUAAAAUUGCAUACUUGUCCAUUUUCAUCAGGUUGAUUAUCCAACUACAACAUUAAAACUUGAUAUGACUUGCACAUUUGGCAUUUGGAUUCAGAAGUUCAUCCACUUUAUAAACCAUGAUGUAUUUGUUCUAUAUUUUGGAACUUGGAUAGAAGACGUUUCCUUAGCCAUAAUAUAUAUGGAUACUGCUAGGGCUGAAAGUUCAGGUUCGGUUCAGUGGUUUAAUCAAAACUACAAUCGAUUAGUAGUUUAAUCAAAACUACAAUCGAUUUUCUUGAUUAAUGAGUAGUCGAGAACAAAAAAUUAAACGAAUAGAACAGUCUUGAUUGUAGAUUUAGACUAUCUCUAGGGUUUUAGUUUAAUUGCAAAACGAACCCAAUCAUAAAAAGGCCAACCAUAACCGGAAAAUCUAAUAGAAUUUGGGCCUAGUCCACCAUGUCAUUCCAUCUCUAAAGUCCAAUCAGAUUAUGGACCAAGCCUAAUGGGUUAUUAGGUUUAAUGUUGGUGCUCGCUACGGUUGCUUAGAUGGAUCCAAUUUGAAUUCGUGUAACCGGCCAAUUCGAUUAGGUUAACCAAACCGAACUCCAGUCCUAGAUACGACCAACCAUGAAACCCUAUCAUUGUUGUCAUAGGGAUCAAACAUUGGAGAAUAUGUUCAAAUGAUCAACCUUACGUCGUAUCUAAUUCGAAUCCUUGAAAUACCACAAAUAGAAUGAAUACACAUAUAUCUAUCAUGGAGAUCUUUUAACGCCUUUUGUCCCCUACAUCGGUAAAAUAAUACAUGUAAUAUUCUGUCGCUGAUGACCACUCGAAAUUUUAAUAAAGAUUGUGGCCUCAUUAUCGUCACAAACUAUUUCGGUCACGAAUCCAUUUUAUAUUUAAGUCAAAUAAAUAUCGUCGGCCGCCCUCGAAUGAAUAUUAACUACCAGCAAUCAACAAUUAAUUUAUGACUAAUGACAAUUAGUAACAAAGACAAAUACGCAAG